CAUCUUUCUUCGCAUGAUGAGAACUAAAAUCACUAUUAUAAUAUAAAAUAAAAAGUGAAUAUAAUCUAUCUUUUGCAAGACUAUUAUUAAUGAUAAAAUAAAAAAUUUAUAAAUAAUAAUUUUCAUUAUUUCCAUGGCACUAAUAAUUAUUUUUUUUACAUUAUUUUUUUAUACAAUUUUGAACUCAUUAUUAUAAAAUGAUACAAUGAUAAAAAUAAUUGCUUAAAAAAGAUAGUGAAAUAUGAUUAUUAACGUACACAGCAUAUACCUUUUUUUUAUCGCUAAAUUUAAAAUAUAUGUUGCAUUAUAUCAAAUUUCUAAACUUUUAUAUAAUUCCUAGUUUUUCGUUAUCACUCCAAAUAAACAUGCGCGAAAAAUUAUUCGUAAAAUUACAUUAAAACCAAUGAAAGCCCAUAUCUUAUUUAUCUUCAAUAUAUCCUCCAUACCAGCUUAUAUAUUAUAUUUAACGAUAGCUUUACUUAGUUUUAAAAGUUACGAAAAUCAUGAUAUUCUUAAUCCUCGUAUUAACUUUGCAGAAGAGGUUCAAUUCGUCGCAAACAGAUUUAUCAAAAAAGAUAGCAGCAAUAUCAUAAAUAACUAUGAUAGUUUCUCCGGCAUUAAUUUUGUACCAGUCAGAAACAAAGAAUCUAAAAAAGUGCAAGAGAAUGCUGAUGAAAUGGUAGAUAUAAAUCCAAAGUGCCAAGUUCUUACAAUUCCUAUGUGUAAAAAUUUAGGGUACAAUAUGACACUUUUUCCAAAUCCAUUUAAUCACGAGACUCAGAACGAAGCUGGAAUGGAGGUCCAUCAAUUUUGGCCUCUCGUUGAAAUUCAAUGUUCUAGGGAUCUUAAAUUUUUUUUAUGUAGCAUGUAUGCACCGAUAUGCAUGGAAGAUUAUCACAAACCUAUAUCCGUUUGUCGUUCCGUUUGCGAAAGAUCUAAAGCUGGUUGCAUUCCCUUGAUGAGAAAGUAUGGUUUCGAAUGGCCCGAAAGAAUGAACUGCGAAAAACUUCCCAAUUUUAAUACAGGGGAAGAGUUCUGUUUAGAUUUGAAUAGAUUGGAUCAAGAGGAUGUGCAAAGUCCUAUUACUGGUCACUCUUAUGGAGAAGAUAUUACUUUGUCCGAUCAUACAUCAUCUUUUAAGGAUAAAACUACUCUGAAUAAAAAGGUAUUCGAGCCUAACUUGGAGAUAAAUUUGGAUGACUAUUAUGGUAAUGUUGAUCGAAAUAAAUUAUUAAACUUUGAUUAUAAACACCAAAAGUCUAAUUUUUUGGAUAAUAUUGAUAACGAAGAUUGCCAUAAUUGUAGAUGCCCGCACCCAUUAAUUUCACUAAAUAGCGAUUCAGAUGUCUCAAAUUUAAUCAACGUAAAUUACAACGCCACAUAUAUAAUUCAUGAUGGUGAAAUAGGUGGUGUCAAUAGAUGUUACCAUAGUUGUAAAGGAAGUAUAUAUUUUAAUGAUCAAGAGAGAACCACUGCUUACUUUUGGAUAGGAAUAUGGAGUUUUGUUUGCUUCACAGCUUGCACUUUUACCCUUUUGACAUUUUUCUUGGAUAAAUCACGAUUCGUUUAUCCACAGAGGCCAAUAAUUUACAUUUCAUUAUGUUAUUUGUUCAUUUCAUUUGGAUACCUGUUGAGAUUCAUAUGCGGCGAAAAUAAUGUAGCCUGUUUUCAAAAUAUAUUAAGAUCUCCAUCUUCACCCAUAGUGCAAUUAUCUACAAUUAAUGGAUUCGAUUCUCAUUCUAAGCAUUCAAUCAAAAAUCUAUUAAAUUCUAAUGACCAUAAUUAUAUAAUAUGUUACAUCGAAUUUUUUCUUAUAUACUAUUUUAGUAUGGCCAAUUACAUUUGGUGGAUAAUCUUAGCGUUAACCUGGCUACUAUCAGCUCGUUUUGAGUGGGGGGAUAAGGCAUUAUCGAAUAUAUCCUUUUAUUUCCAAUGCAUAGCAUGGAUACUCCCUGCUUUUCAAAUUUUCGUUUCGUUUCUGACCAAAUCAAUUGACGGUGACCCCUUAUACGGUAUAUGUUUUAUAGGCCACACAAAUUCAAACAACUUAAAAUUAUUUAUCAUUUAUCCGUUAGCCUUUUAUUUGGUUAUCGGAAGCCUAUUUAUCGCAAUUGGCUUUAGCUCCAUGCUAAAAAUUAAAUACAGUUAUUCGGAAUGGAAAGAAACAAAUAAAUUUAAUAUAUUAAUAUGGAGAAUCGGCAUAUAUUCUAUAAGUUAUAUAAUCCCCACCAUAACAGUUCUUAUCUGUUACAUAUAUGAAAAUAUGAAUAAAGAAGCUUGGGAUAGAUCUCAUACAUCCUGCCCAACCGGGUGUAGAGGUAUCGAAAUUCCAUCAAAAUUAUUGCCUAAUAUAAAUCUAACAUAUAAAAUGAACCUUUUAUAUGAAUCUCAUUCAAAAUUUAGUCAAAAUAAAACGGUUAAUUUACACAAAAUCAAUAUCGAUAAGCUUUAUCCACUAUUUUGGGUAUUUUCUGUAAAAUACUUUAUGUCGUUAGCAGUAGGAACCUUUACUGCGGGAAUAUGGAUAUUUUCAAGAAAGACUCUUGCAACUUGGAAUCAAUUUUUCAGCAGUAUAAAAUUUUCAAUGAAUGGUUUGCAUAAAUUACCAAAGAUAUCAGACACCAUGACGGAUGUAAAGCCUAUUAAAAAUCUUAUAAAUUGUGGUCAACAUAAUCUCUCUCUUUCUAUGCAAGCAGACGAUACUUUUUAUUUAAACAACUCAAAUGGAAAUUCUGGUAAUUGUAAUCUCCCCUUACUAAUUUCCAAAUCUUCCAGCGAAAAUGUUCACUCGCCAAUUCACUCCAAUAUUACGAAUAAAGUACUUAAAACAAAAUAUGAGCAACUACCUUAUGCCGCUACAAAUAUCAAAGGCACUUAUUUAUUCCGUACGUCUAAACUCGAUUUUUCUUCCUCUCCUAGCGAAUCAUUACAAACCAAGUCUACAACUUUAAAUAUAACAUUGGAUAGUAGUCGCCUAAAUACCUGUUCAAUUAAAUCUCCGUCAAAUCACAUUCCUCACAUUAUAUAAUGUUUUAUUUCAUUUCUCCGUCAAGAUGAUUUAUUAAUUCGUUUUAUUGCGGUAUCAGGGCAAUAUUUUAAUUUUACCAAUAUAAUAUAUUUUAAUUUUUUGCAAUGUUAGUUUAAUAAAUAUGAAUUUAAUUCUUUUUUAAAGAUUAUUUUAAUAUAUAUAUAUGAGCUUUAUAUAAUACACAGUAAUAAAAUUAGAAUGCAAUGAUAACAGGUCAGUACCCGUAAAUCAGCUUUGGGGAAGAACAAUAAUUAAUUCUUUUUUCUUCGUAAAAAUCUUGGAAUGUUCUUUUUAAUAUUUAAAAUUUUAUAAAUUUAUUGAAACUAAUGCCUAAAUUAUAAUUGUCAAUUUCUAUUAUGUAGU